AUGAAUUCAAGAGAACUGAACAUGAUGAAGUUUCCAAUGAGUUUAAUCACCACUUGGUCUGAAGAUCAUGACGAAGAUCAAGAUCAUGAUCAUCAACAUGAUCACGAUGAUCAUCAUCGCAGUCGUGUUAUUGUCGACGAAGUUGAUUUUUUCUCCGAUAGAAAGGAGAAAUCGUCCUCGCCGGAUGAUCAUCUUUCCGUCAAGAAUAAUCAGAUUUAUGAUCCUCAUUGCAAUCUCAACGAUGCUGACCAUGUCAACACUGGUUUACAACUUCUGAUUACUAAUAUUGGAAGUGAUUUGGAGGAUGAAUCUACGAUUAACGGUGGAGAUAAUAAACAUGCUAAGAAUCUUCAGUUGCAAGAAGAGCUUAGACUUAAGAAUGUGGAGAACCAAAGGCUCAAGGAAAAGCUAAGCGAUUUGCAAAUGCGUUAUGUCUCCUUAAUACAACAGAAUCAACGAAAUGAAGCUGCGGAGAGUGAGAUUGUGAAUGGAAAAGCUGAGGGUGGAGAUGCUGUGAUUGGUAGAAAGUUUGUGAGUGGUUCAUCAUCCGAAGUAGUUGAUCCAAAAGUAUUGAAUUCUCCUAUUUCGGAUGAAAGAAAGCGAUCAAGAUCGCCCCGGAGCAACAAUAAAACUGAUCAGAAAGAGCAUGAUCCAGAUUCAGCAGAUCAACUGGUACAAGUUUGGGAGCCAAAUAAGCUUCCCAGAUUAAACCCCAACAAUGGCACUGAUCAAGCUGCUGCUGAAGCUACUAUGAGAAAAGCACGCGUCUCCGUCCGUGCCCGAUCAGAAGCACACAUGAUCAAUGAUGGCUGCCAAUGGCGAAAGUAUGGACAGAAAAUGGCCAAGGGAAACCCUUGUCCUCGAGCGUAUUACCGAUGCACAAUGGCGGUUGGUUGCCCGGUUCGCAAGCAAGUUCAGCGUUAUGCUGAAGACAAAACAAUUCUGACAACAACCUAUGAAGGGACACAUAGUCAUCCACUGCCACCUGCUGCUAUUCCAAUGGCGACGACCACCACGGCUGCUGCCGCCAUGUUGCUAUCUGGAUCAAUGUCAAGUGCUGAUGGGGUGGUAAACCCAAAUUUACUAUCUAGAAUUCUUCCUAAUUGCUCUUCUAGCAUGGCCACACUCUCAGCAACAGCACCAUUUCCUACUGUCACACUAGACCUUACACAUGACAGCACAGAUAACAAUAACAACCAAAAUUCUCAUUCCCAGUUUCGCCUUGGACAGCCUCAAAACUUUGGAUCAGGACAAUUACCACAAGUGAUUGCACAAGCACUUUAUAACCAAUCCAAAUUCUCUGGCCUUCAACUGUCUCAAGAUGUUGGAGGCUCUUCCCAAUUGCACUCAACUCAACAAGCUUCAUCACUCAGUGCUGCCAUCACCGCCGAUCCAAACUUCACCGCAGCAAUCGCAGCCGCUAUCUCCACCAUAAUUGGGGCUGGUUCUUCGAGCAGCAACAACAACAACAAUCCUAAUGUCCUCAACAGUGCUGCCUAUAACCAGUAG